UUGUUAGCCCCGGACCGAUAACUAAUGACGUCUCAGUGUAUAAUUAGCACGCACCAGGCAACUCCUCGUCCCACGGCAAGGGCUCCAACGGCUGCAGGGACUGCAAGGUGAACUUGGAAACCCUCCACAAACCAUGGCUGGAGAACGGGUCUGUGAUAGAAUCCUCCUGGUCCAUUGUCCUUAUGGCGACACAGCCCUCCAAGGCCUCGUGGAGCAACUCGCUAUCGGCUGGCGACGCGUUGGCAGCGCGAAAUCACGCCUCACUAAGCCUCAAACCGGCUAGCGUUUCCCCCAUCCAGCGCCCGGACCACCGCUUGUUCGGGAAACCGAAGCGGGAGGAAUUCGCCGCGGUUCAACCGCGAAGGACGAGAGCUUCUCUCAUUCCAUCCCAUCAGUACCCGAACCCUGAGUCUCUGAGCACCGAUCAUUAUGCCUCCACGAAAGAAGGCCAAGCUCACCCCGCAAACCGAGCCCUCCGCAAGCACUGCCGGUCACUCGAACACAGAUUACGACCCGGUUACGGAUCCUUGGACCGAUGAGCAGGAGACCGCGUUAUUGAAGGGGAUCAUAAAAUGGAAGCCGGUCGGCAUGCACAAGCACUUCCGGAUGCUCGCGAUCUCGGAGUUCAUGAAGAGCCAAGGCUAUGCGCCCGCACAUGCAGAACAUACACGAAUACCUGGGAUCUGGAAGAAGCUCGGGACGCUGUAUAAUCUGCCGGCUCUUGACGAACGGGAAGACUCGUUAAUAACAGACACGCCCGACGACAUUGAUGCCUCAAGAGAAUUCUACUGUCCAUUCGAACUGCCCGCGGAUGAAUAUGGUGAAUUGAUGUUCGAACGGCGACUGGCAAUGGAAGGAUCCGCAUCUCCCGACCCCAGCGCCCAUGCUGAAUCCAGAAGAGGAAGCACUGUGGCUGACACAGACGAACCCCGCUCUUCUCCCGCACCCUCACGAGGAAGAAAACCCGGUCGCGGCGGCCGUCCCGCGGGACGAGGCACACGCUCUUCGCGUCUCCACGUCGAAGUCGAACCACCAUCGAAGAGAUUUGCGGUCGUUGAUGAUGAGGGGGAUUCUGGUGAGGAAACGGGCCCGAAUGAAGAAGGCGACGAGGAAGCUUCAGACGCUGCAAAAGAUGACAGUGAGGUCGAUGAGGAGGCGGAGGGGGGCUCGCCGACGACGCGAAGCACUCGAGCACAGACAUCGAGAACGAAGCAAAAGGAGCGGAGAGGUACAGGUACAGGAACUCGAAGGGGCCGGCGGCGCCAGCCUUGA